GGUGAGGUUUGGAACCACUGAUCUGGUUGUACACUUAUCACCAUGGUUGACACCCGGAGGGGGUUGAGCACUAGCCCUUACACUCAGGAACAGCAAGAGAAAAUGGUCGCCUUAGUGAGAGAGAACAAAGAGAGGAAAGAGCUCCAGAAGCAGGCGAAGCUAAAGGCUAUCGCAGAGGAACAGGCGGGUAAGAUGAAGAGAUUGGAGGAGGAGAUGAAGAGAGUUCAGAAGGAGGAGGAAGAGAGGAGAAAGGUUGCCGAAGAAGAAGCAGCAGCGGAGGAAGAAAAAGAGAGAAUGAGGAUUGAGAGUGGAGAAGGGGGUAGUGGCACGAAGAGGGAUAAAGAUGCAGAGAUGGAGAAGAAAAUAACGAGUGAGCUAGCAGCAAUGAAGGACCCUAUGGAACGGCGAGAAAGGGAGGAGGAGCAUAAGUUGGCUUGGAAACUGAGGAUGAAGAGGGAGAAGAAGAGGAGGAGAGAGGAAGUCAACAAACUGACCGCAGAGGUGGCGAAGGUACAGGAGUGUAGGAAGGAAGUGGAGGCCCAAGCAGACGACAAGGCCAAAUGGGAUAAGGUGUUGGGCUACCUUGAAGUGUUGAGCACGACAUGGAUGGAGGAGCUCCAAGCCAGUUGGAGCCAAGAGGUAGCUUUGAGUGCAAUGCGGUUGGGGCUUAGAGAUUUUGCGCGCGAGAUAGUCACCCACAUUGGGGGCGAAGUUAAGCAUCUGAGAGACAAUGUGGGGAAGUUUUGUGAGGGCGCUAUUGAGGGCGCCGAAGCGAUAACCGCUGUAGAGGGCGAGGCCAGGCCUCGCAAGGACCCAGUCAAGCUUAAGUUCCCCGAUGCUGAUGGGGGGAAAUCUAACGAGAACUUCGAUAACUGGGAGGCUAGUGUAAACCGCUGUCAGGACAAAAAUCCCUGUGAGGGUUUUUGCCCGAGGUUUUCGAGGCUCCCUAGUCCAUCAGGGGAGGUCAAGACUGCCCGCCUGUUCCAUGUGUCAGGUGUAGACAACACCUUGGCACACUUCUGUCUCAGUGCUCCCGCGUUCGUGCGACUAGUGAAGGAGCAGUUGGAGGACCAGGUCGUUGUAGUUUAUGUUAGACCUGUCACUGCGGCCAAGAAAGAAGAUAGUUCCACAGAUCCAACCAUAGCCAAGCUGCUGGAGGAGUUCAAAGACUUGAAUGAGUCGCCGACAGGAGUAGUGCCGCGACCCAUCCAGCACAGGAUAGAGAUAGAGCUUGGCAGUAGAACUCCUAAGGGAACAGUCUACAGGAUGUCCCCUAGAGAGUUAGGAGUUGCGCAAGCAGUUAGACGAGAUCCUCGAGAAAGGUUGGAUCAGGCCCAGUUCGUCUGCUUUUGGAGCACCAGUCCUGAAGGAGAGCUGAGAAUGUGUGUAGACUAUAGGGGUUUGAAUGCUAUCACAGUGAAGAAUGCCGAGCCGCUGCCCAGGAUAGACGAUCUCCUAGAUCGGGUGCAGGGUUGCAAGUAUUUCUCCAAGAUAGACCUGAAGUCCGGUUAUCAUCAGAUAGAGGUCCAUCCUGAUGACCAGUACAAGAUUGCUGACGACGACGGGGAUCAAGGCAGCAAUGAAGAUCAUGGUGACGGCGAGGACCACGACAGAGGCAAGAUCACGGCGACAGCGGUAGUGACAGCAGCUACGAAGGUCUCGACAAUGACGAAGAUCACGGCGGCGGCGAAGGUUACGACAGCGAUGGGGGAGCGAGCUGCUCCGAUACGAGUGUGACGAGCGCAGAGGCAGAGGACGAGGCGGGAGCAGAGGGAGAGAGAGAAUGAGAGCACACACACACUCACUCACUCACGCGAGUGAACUCGACCGGACGCAAACCAGAGGCUGAGGCACAAAGUUGAAGUCUUGGUUUUGAAGGCCAGAGUAGCAGUGAGUCACAUUGCACAUGAAAACGACGUCUCAAAUCUUGUUCCAAGCUGAAUGCAAAACUGGUCCCCGUACUGUACGGGGCACCGGUAUAAGUACCGGGGGCAAAUCUGCAAAGCACCAAGGGCAGAACUGAAAAAUGUGGAAUUUGAAAGUGGCUCCCGGAUUGCAGCAUGGCGCCAAUUGUCCAGAAUCCUACGGUACCAAAGGAGGGGUUUAGAAAAAGGGUGCCAGGCCGAAAACGGGAUGCAGCCGAAACAGCAAAAAGAUGGACCAGGGAUCGAGCCCUGGCGGAGUCCGUAACAAGCUUGGUCAAGUUGGUCACGAUUUUUGAAUAGCUUUUUAUAAAGCGUUGAUAGUAGCCGGCAAGGUCAAGAAAUGAACGAACAUCCGUAAC